UCCGGCGGAGGUGCCAGUAUGGAGGCUGUGGAAGAGUUAGAUGUCGAUGUCGAGGGGGACGCGACGGUGGGAGCUGUUGCGGAAGCGCAGCCGGGAAGUUAUGAAUAUCCAUCAUCCAGCUUACUCCAAGAUCACUACCUUGAUUCAACGUGGAGAACAGAUAUGGUUCUUCCAUGGAGCCUUGAUAGUACAAUUAGUGAAGAAAACAAGGCUGCCAUUGAGAAGAUGCUCCUGGAAGAAGAAUACUAUUUGUCUAGCAAGUCACUUCCAGAAAAAAUUUGGCAUGAGCUGAAGGAAAAUGAUAAAAAAUGUACAAAAAGUCCAUACAAGAAAGAAACAAAAGUCACGCUUCGUUCACCUACAAAAUCAGCCACUGCUUCGCUGAAGUGGACAUCAGAAGAAAAGGAAAAGUUUGAAGAAGGACUGGCUAAAUUUGGCAGGAGAUGGACAAAAAUUGCCAUGAUGAUUGAAAGUCGCAAUGUUCUUCAAGUAAAGAGCUAUGCCAGACAAUACUUUAAGAACAAGGCAAAAAGUAAUGGCUUGGAAAAAGUGAAACAGCAGCAACAGCAUAUCAGUGUUCCUCUUCCACAAAGCAAUGAGGAUGAUGAAGGGAAGCAGAUGACAUGGGCACCAGAGCACUUAAGAGGUCGAGCAGACCCUAAUUUAAACGCAGUGAAAAUUGAAAAAUUAUCAGAUGAUGAGGAAGUAGACAUUACAGAUGAAAUGGAUGAACUUUUAUCUUGUGCACAUCAGCGAGAACCUGGAAAGUCUAAGAUACUAGAUAUUCCAAAAAGCCCAUCUGAGCAAAAUAGUUGGACAGAACCUGUUUUGGAUUCUGCUCGACAUACAUCUACUGUUCUCUUAACAGCACAAUAUAUUACACAGCCAGAGCAAAACACAGAUGAAAUUGCAGUGUCAUGCUCUGAGAAUAAGGAGCAUCGGUCUAUAAAAAUAGAGAAUCAGAAAUGUAACAGAACAGCAACUUCUGAAAGUCCUGACUGGUUUUCCAGUCCAGAGCUUUGUGGAGAACAAAAAGACUUCACUGACAGCAGCAUUCAUUUCCUUUCUUCUGAACACCUUGGAGAGGAAAACCGGAUGGAUGCAGAGGAGCUUAAGCCACCUGAUCAAGAAAUAGCAAUAGAUAGAGGUACUAUAUUAGAAGAAGAAAAGCAAGCAAUUCCAGAAUUUUUCGUUGGACGUCAGGCCAAGACACCUGAGCGCUAUUUGAAAAUUAGAAAUUACAUUUUGGAUCAAUGGGAAAGAAUCAAACCAAAAUACCUGAACAAGACAUCAGUACGUCCAGGGCUGAAGAACUGUGGUGAUGUCAACUGCAUUGGACGAAUACAUACAUACCUGGAAUUAAUAGGAGCAAUUAACUUUGGCUGUGAGCAAGCUAUGUAUAAUAGACCACAGACAGUUGACAAAAUACGGCCCAGGGAAGGCAAGGAUGCUGUAGAUGCAUAUCAGCUUGUGCAACGUCUACAGUCUAUGCGUACAAGGAGACGACGAGUGAGAGACCCAUGGGGAAACUGGUGUGAUGCCAGAGAUUUGGAAGGACAGACAUUUGAGCAUCUCUCUGCUGAGGAGCUAGCAAAGAGGAGAGAAGAUGAGAAGUAUAAACUACCAAAAGCAUUUAAAGGACAAAGGCACACCAAAAGUUCAUUUGAUCCCUUUCAGCUGAUCCCUUGCUGUUCCUACACAGAAGAAAAACCAGAGCCAUUCAAAGUAACAGUAGCUGCAGAAGCACUUCUGAUUAUGGAUUUGCAUGCUCAUGUUUCAAUGGCAGAAGUAAUUGGUUUGCUAGGUGGAAGAUAUUCUGAAACUGAUGGAAUAGUUGAAGUCUGUGCAGCAGAACCAUGCAAUAGCCUUAGUACAGGAUUGCAGUGUGAAAUGGACCCAGUAUCUCAGACUCAAGCAUCAGAGACACUGGCUGCUAGAGGUUACAGUAUCAUUGGAUGGUAUCAUUCUCAUCCUGCUUUUGACCCUAAUCCUUCCAUACGUGAUAUUGAUACCCAGGCAAAAUAUCAGAGCUAUUUCUCCAGAGGUGGCUCAAUGUUUGUUGGAAUGAUCGUAAGUCCUUAUAAUCGAAAUAAUCCUCUUCCAUAUUCUCAGAUCACUUGUCUUGUAAUAAGUGAUGAGACUAGUUCAGAUGGAUCCUACCGCCUGCCAUACAAGUUUGAAGUGCAACAAAUGUUGGAAGAACCUCAGUGGGAGCUAGUAUUGGAAAAAACACAGUGGAUAAUUGAAAAAUACAGAAUGUCUCAUAGCUGUGUGCCCAUGGAUAAAAUCUUCCAUAGAGAUUCAGACCUAACGUGUUUGCAAAAGCUUUUGGAAUGCAUGAGGAAGACUCUGGACAAUGUGGCCAAUAGUUUCAUUGCUGAAGAAUUCCUGGCACAGUUAGAAAACUUGUUCCUUUCAACCUACCAUAAUGAGGAAUGGAAUGAUACUACUGAGGAAAAUAGCAUGUGUCCAAAUGACCUGCCAACAUGAUAGUAUUGGAAAGAAUAAUUGCUCACUUUAUAAUUAAGUGGCCACCGUUGAGAGUAACAGUAUCCAGUGUGGCUGAAGAAAAUUACUGUUAAUGAAAGGCAUUAUGAAACAAUCAUGGUGAACUAUCUGACCUCUGGCAUAACUUCUAAUCUUCUAAAAUUACAGUUAUACUGCAGGAAAAUGAACUAUUUGCCAGCCCACCACUUAGGUAGAAGCUGUUCAUCGCUCUAAAAAAUUGAAGUGAUAAUGUUUUACUUGGACCAAGUGCUAUUAGCUUGAUGUUGAAAUAAUUAUAUUGCCAUUCUGUUUAGGAAACACCACCAGGUUAUGCUUAAUGUAUGCUGUCUAGAUACUGUCAUAUGCACUUCUAUUUUAUAAAAUAAGAUAUACUAUAUACUUCUGAAAAGGGAGCAAUCAAUUUAAAAAGAGAGAUACUGUACCAGAAUUAUAAUCUCAGCCUUCAACUUCUCAGUUGCUGAUGCAUGCUAACAGCAUUUGAAGGGGAAAUUAAGGCUGGGCUGACCUUCAUACCACAUUAUGUUGUCUGAAUUGAACAGAACAGAACAGAUUUGUGGAAUUUAGUAUGCCUGUAAAACAGGAUGUUCUUACUCAGUGGUAUAGAUCUGAGGAAAGAUACAAAAAAUUCUUGUCCAAGUUCUUCUAACCUUUUGGGCCCACAAGCCAGAAUAUAUAUCUGAAUAUAAAAUGCAAAUUCAAUACAAGGGAGAAAGACUAUGUCUAAAGGCAUAGAAAACUGCAGAAUUACUUUCCAGGUUUAUCUCUCUUUUUUUUUAACCUGAACUUCAUCUUCAGGCUAAUGUGCUGUAUCUUCCACUCUAGCCUUUCUUGUGCCAUUGUAAACCAGGUUCCUUCAAUUGUGAUAAUGCUGGUGUGCAAGUUGUACAAAUACUGCUGAAUAGUGAAUUUAUAAUGCUUUCUCACUGAACGUCAGCAUAUAUUUGAUUCAGUUAUUUGCAUGUAAGGGCCCUUAGAUCAUACUGUGCCAUAUAUAGUUGCAUUGAUAUGAAGCCUGCCUUCUACAUUUCUUCAGUCUCCAGAUUCUUAUGUCAGUCAAAUUGCAUGUGAUGUAAUGGCUUGUAUGUCCUACUGAGAUCCUAGCAUGGCACUGAAACGACUGCUUUCUAGGAGAAGAAAAAUCCCAAAAUGCGUUUUGAAUUUGCAGUCAUUGCCACAUACUUUUAUUGAAAAAUGUUUACAUUUAUAUUGUGUGUAACAAACAUUGUAAAUAGUGUGCCUUUGUACAGAAAGAAUGACUGAACUACUUGACUUCAUGUGAAAGCACAGUACGGAUAUACAGUAUUUGCCCAUCACAUAUGCAUUUUUAUGAGGGAGUAAAAGGAAUUAACCACUAAAAUAAUGGUUAUUAUAAUUAUAAAAUAAUGGAAGUAGCUUUUCCUGGCAAUGUUGUAUCUCCAUAAGUAUGUGAAGAUGUUUAAAAUGUCCUCUUGUUUCAAAUUAGCCUUUCCAUACACCCAGAAGGAACUUUUCAUAUAAAAAAAGUGUAAUUAUGGUAGGUUUCUUUGUGUUUGACUCAUAGGAUUGCAUUUCAGAGCUGUGGAGCAGACCUGUUCCAUGGACUCUGGGUUACUCUGUCAGUUCCAAACUUACUGUUAAGGCACAUUUUGGUUUCUAGCAGCAUAUGCUGCAAAGUUGGGAUAAAAAAAAAAAAAAUCUGUUGGCUAUUCAUCAUGUGUAAAUAUUGCAUAAAGAAUUCACCACUCUGGGCAUUAAAAAAAUGGGUGCCCAAGUAAACUUGUGCUGUAAUUGGAAACAACUUGUUUAUAAUGAUUUUCCAUGGAGACUUCCCAACUUGCCGCAGAAUAGUUACUGCUUGUAAAGGCAGUAAUUAGCUGUGGUUCAAACUUAGGUAGAGCCACUAGGGGGAGCUAUGCAAUAACUGAUUCAUCAUAAACUCCCUUGGGUCCUAGAGAAUGGUACUGCACUCUUCCUAAUUACCAGGAAUUUAACUAAACAAAAACACUAUUUUAUAAAAUCAUAUAGCUAGGAGGAACCAGCUUCAGAAAACUCACUUUUUCACAUCAUAGAAAUUUGAAUAAUGGGGUUGGGAUUUCAUUAUUCCCACAACUCAUUCGGAGAAAAGGCUUAAAGCUUGAAUCAUUGGGCUGCUACUGCCUCUUAUUUAAAGUAAAAUGAAAAACAGGAGAAUUGGGAUAUACAGGUGAAGUGUCAGCUGGUCUUCAUUGCAAUCUUUCUUUGCAAAAAUGUCUUCAGGCCUGUAGAAGUUUUUUUUUUUUUUAAAGGUGAAUGGCAGCAGCCAGCAUUUCAUUUUAAAACGUGCCCUACAAAAGAAAGAAAAGCUAAGAGCAUGUUGAUGGAGGUGGGCAAAGAGUUUUCUGGAAUAAGAGAUGACUAAAGGCUGUGUGUACAUGUUUGGUGUGUGUUUUACAUGGGGUGGAAGUCGUCAUCUUGCUGUAGCAGACUUCUACUGAAAUUGAUUCCCCACCCGUUAGCUGUCAAAAUCUGCUCUGGAUAUUUGGAGGAUCCAUCACAAUAGAUUUUGAGGAUAUGUGAGGGAAUAAUCUAUAUUGUCAGCAGAAAAACUUUUUACAGUAAUGAAAGCAUAAACCUGAACGCAACCCUGAUUUAAAAAACGGUGGCAUGCUAUAUUUCUCCAAAUGUCUCCAGUUUGCUCUAGUGAAAUUGGCAUUUUCUUGUAAGUGGUUUUUUUCCUUCUGAGAAACAGCUGACUUGACAGUUGUAACUGAGCCUCAUCAUUUUCCUUUUUGUGAAAUGGAUGUUGGGUCAGAAAAAGUCUUAAAGCAAUUGUUUUGCUUGGAACUUAGGCUUCACCUUUCUGCCUUGGACUUGGCUUCCUGCAAAAGCUGGCUUUUGUUUGUUUUUUCCUAGCUUCACCAUGUGUGAAGCUUCACACCCCCCCCCCAUCCACAUAGGAGAGAACAAAAUGGCCAGUUGCAAUUAUUCUGGGGGUGUUUUCAGCUUGAAACAAGCAUUAAAAAUGACUGGAAUACCUUGCUUCAUACAUGAAACUAUUGCUUUGCACUUUGAAAUGGAGCUUUUUGCCCUGGAAAUUGAAUUUUAUGGAUGGGAAAUAUUUUGCACACCCUAUAUCAUGACUUGGUGACUUGGAAAGCCCUUCUGUGGCAGCUGUUUUGUGAAUAUACCUAUCAUACUCUCAACGUUCCCACUGUACCUAGAGUCUAAAGCUCCACAAGUGAUUUCUAAUCAAAUGCUUUGUUCGCACACUGCACCGAGAAGCGCUUCAGUGAUGGAACAUUGAUGAACCCGAUCAUUUUGCUAGUUCUCCCCUCUGGCUUGUCAGUGCAGCGGCAGCCCAGGCUUAAGGUUGAGAUUGGGAGUUUGCUAUAAUCCAUGGGAAUAGCACCCUGAUCACUAGAAAGUCCCUCCAUGCUGGAGUUCCUCAAACUGGGAAUGCUAUUGAUGUACCCCACUCAGCUGCCCAGCAGCCUGUCUGACAGAGGUGAACACUGGUAUGGUAUCAAAGGACCUCAGCAUGUGCCUUUUCUCACAUUUUCAUGCAGACACUGCUGCAUCAUGGAGAUAGCCUUUCUUCUUACAUAAAAAUACUUUGUGGGGUUGGAGAGAAGAGAUAAAAUGAGGGGUUUAUCUGCAACCUGUCAGAGAUUGAAGCCCUUAUCCAUCUCUUGGGUUUUGGAAGAGAGAUUGGAGUCUAUGGAAAAAACAUGGUAGACUGAAUAGGAAACAAUGGUCAAGAGAUUUCCCAUGACUGCUUUUAAUGAAUAGAAGAACCAAGAGAAGUUGGGUGAGGGAAGUUUUCCAUGCAUGCUUUAAGUGGAUGGUGCCACCAUUGAAAAGUCCAGAAAGGGAACAUCGGGUACACAACUUGGCCUCCUCCCAAUGUUUCUGAGGACAGCUCCAAACAAUUUGACUACCAGCAACAGAUUGUUGGAGCUGUCAUCUAUAAUGUCAGAAGGACAGGUUUCUGUCCCUGCAAUUCAUAAUUCUUAAAGUGGCCAGCUUUUUAUCCAAUUCUUUCACACAAUCACCACAAUUUCUAUCUAGAUAAUGACCCAGUGUUGUCCUUUAACUCAAGGGAGAGGAUAAAGAUUCAGUUCUGAUACUUCAGUUACCAUGGGUAAAAGUUAAGGUUGGAUGAAACAUAAGGUGCAAAUGUUAUUUGUUCAGUCGUUAAGUCGUGUCCAACUCUUCGUGACCCCAUGAACCAUAUU